GACUAAGCUGAAGAAGAAGCAAGAAAGAAAGAAACAGAGGAAAAUGAGAGAAGAAAAGGAAGAAGAGAAGGCGAAGCUUGCACUUGUGUUAGCUGCAAAGUCAAGAUCAUUGUUGUACACUUCAUCGCCUGCGAGUCCACGUGUGUUUGCUUCUCCGAUUCACACUCUUGCCUCUGUUCCGUUUUGUUGGGAAGACCAACCAGGCAAGCCCAAGAACCCUCUUCGUCCUCUUUCUUACCCCAAGUGUCUUGAUUUGCCACCUCGUUUGCUCCUUCCUGGUGAGUUUACGCAAAUGCCCUUGCCCGAGAGGAAACAUGGGCUCUUGCGGUUCUUGAGGAGGAAAGGGAGAGGGGAUGUUGUUGUCAGGGGUAAUUAUGUCUUUCUGUCGGACAAUCAGAGAGCAGGAGAGAUCAACGAGAACAACAUGAAAAUCAUGAAGUUUAACAGAUCAGGGAGUUUCCAUGGUGGUGGUUCUGUUAAAGGAUCUCACUUUUGGGGAAGUUUAUGCAAGGGAUUGAAGCUAGCAAUGCCAUGGAAGAAGAAGAAGCUGAGAAGUGAAAGUGUUUAAGCCUGUUUUCAAUAUGCAUUAUUACAAGACACAUCAAAUCAUCUCUCUAUCUUAUCUAUUGAGGGAACAAAAUGAUGUAAAAAGAGCUAUUAAGAGUGUAUGUAAGAUUAGCAAUUUUAUUGUAAUGUGAAACUAAUAUCUGUGUGAUAUGCAUAUAUAAUGUUAAGACUCAUGAGCCAUGGCAAGAAAAGUUCCAAGCUUUUUCAUUUUUCAUUAAGAAAUGAAUACAUCUGAU